GGUCACCAAUUAAAACAGUAAAUGCUCAGAGAAGAUUCGAUUUCACACCGAUUUCACUUGCCAGCUAGGUAGUGGAUAGGCCGGUUGUAAAAUUCUAUUAUUUUUUUUAGAAAAAAACAACUUCUUUUUCUUUGGACUUUGGGGUGAAUCUUGAGUUUGAGUUGAUCAGAGUUGACUACUUUGAGUUUCAUUGAUUGAAAUUCUGUUGAUAACUUAAUGUCAGUGGUCAGCUUAUCCUGCUUCGUUCAUUUUAAGUUGUGAAACUAGCUUCGCCUAUCCAGUAAGAAUAUUCCUAAGUAAGACUAUGUUUCUGAGUUUCUUUCAGCAAAAUUUGUCUUCUACCAAAAUUCAGUUCCCCCAAUUUUCUGUCAGUCAUUUUUUCGUCUACAAAAUUUAUUUUAAACAAAUUUCUGAAUAAAGCAAAUAAUUUAAUAUGGGUUAAAAAGUUAAAACUCACGACUACUCAGGACAAAUUAAAAAAAACCAGUAGGCUACUAUACCCAUUAUAAUUAUACUGGUAAAAAUGAAAGUAUGUCAUUAUGUAUGAUUGUAUGGUCACCUUAAUCUUGCGCCUGCUCAAUUAUACUCAAUAACAAUGUUUUAAUCUUUAUAACCUUACUGUAUUUUAGUUUAUUGAACUGAAUAUAUUAAAUAUUAAUAUGUUUUUUUAUGCAUAUCCAGCUAAGAAAAAAUGAAAAUAAGACAGCUUGCUAAAUAUAGUAUUCUGGGAUUAGCUGUAUCUGGUGGAGUCUUAUAUACAGCAAACAAAAAGGAUGAUGUUGGCGUGGUGCGGUUUGGUCGGGCAGCUCUUACGGUAAAACUAUAUUUAUCAUUGAUGUCUUAAUUUUUUUUCUUACUGACGAAGCUAUCAAAAUGUGAUGUCACAUGAAAAGUGGAAUGUACUAAAUUACAGAAAUUAUUAACAUUAUUAACAUUAUUCUUUUAUACAACAAUUGAUAUUAUUUUAUUUUUAAACUACGAUCACUGAGAGAAUCAAUACAGGUAUGCAAGGUCCUAGAAUAAGCCUCUAAUCACUUAGGAGGAGAAUCAGGUAGUAGUGACAUUAACAUGGGAGAGAAUUAAUGUCAAAAUGUGGAGACGAGAGUCAUUAAUAAGUACUACCACGUGAAGUAGGAUGGAACGAAAAAAAUGGUUGACCAGGGGUGUGUGUGUGUGGGGUGGGGGGGGGACGAUCUUAGUAAAUGCUCUAAGGGAAGGAUUCUUAACAGUAACAGUUAUUGAACUGUUGCAGACCCACUCCAUUUUAAACGUUCUUCCCCCCAAUGGUAUAAAUUAAAUUGUAAUAAAAUUUCAAAUAUGAAAAUAAUUAAUUUAGUUAUCGUAGUUUUAUUUCUUUAAUUUACUUUUUAUAAACAAGGAAAAAAUUUACCAAUAGCAAAGUAAUGCCCAAACACAAUUCACCAGAAAAAAACAUUUACUGCUGCUAAUCAAAAUGCAUAAAAACGUUGUUUUUUAAAAAAAAAAAGCAGCAACAACUAGCAAAUACAAAUUUCUGGUCUUCCGCACCUUAGGGAUGGGGAGGUACUUUUACCCCUGGUUAAGAAGCACUGUUCUAGUGAAAUAUUUCUGACACAGGUGCAUUAAUUUGACAUCCAUGGGAGGUGAAUUUCUUAAGGAAGUACUGGAUACGGAAUUUUUAUAGGUGGGGUUGGGAGUGCAGAGAUUUGUGAUGCUAUAUUUGAAGGGUGGGGGUCUAAAAAAUCAGCAAAAUUUGCAUGACAUCAUUUUUGGAUGGUCCCUUACAUAUACAAAAGUCCCAAUAAAAUGUUUAUUGUAUAGGCUUACUCCAUUUAUUUAUAAUAUGUUUCUAUAGUUUAAUUUUAAAAUGAAGAUGUAAUGACGAUGGCUAAAACAUUUUUAUUUUGCAGAUUUAAAACUGCCAUCUAUUUUACAUUAAGACAAAAGCCUCUGAGAUACAUAUGUUUCAAUUGUUUAAUUAAUUGUCUGAAAAUAAGAAAACUAUAACAUUUUAAAUGUUAACCAUUUACUUUUUAAAAAAGGAAGAAAGAAACAACAUAACCUGAAGUACCAGUGAUGACUAUUUUCUUUUUUCAUUUUCAAGGUAGCAAGAAUAGCUGUUGAUUACAAGUUUCUAUUUUACAAGUAUGACAAGCUACAUUCAGAGUAUUUGGAGGAACUUCACAAGGUGUUUGAAUAAAUUAAAUUCUCUUUUCUUUUAAUUUGUCUUUUUUUUUUUUUUUUUUUUUUGUUUACAAUUUUUUUCCUUUUUUUUUAAAAUUUAAUUUUUUUUAAAAUUUUUUUUUUUUUUUUUUAACUUCACAAGGUGUUUGAAUAAAUUAAAUUCUCUUUUCUUUUAAUUUGUCUUUUUUUUUUUUUUUUUAAUUAGUUGACAAAUGUAUUCACUUGAUUUUAAAACUUAACUUUUAUAUAAACAUUUUUUUUUUGCUUUGAGCAUAGGUGACCUUUGUAAAAAUUAUUAUUUUACAUUUUAAAUUUAGGUGGGAAAUUGUGUUUCAUAUAAUGUAUUCACUUAGUGUUAAAAACUAAUAUUUAACUUUAUUGCUGAUCAAUCACACUAUCAUGUAAGAUAGUAACAGUUAGGAAUUUCAAUUAUGUUAAAAUAUCAUUGACUAUCUAAAAGUUUUUAACAUUAACGUAGCUUUAGAAUUUUCCCAAAUUUCAGUUACAUUUAAAGUCAGCUCUUAGGCUAAGAGAAAUGUGUUGUAAAAAUGGGGGAGCUUUCAUUAAAGUUGGGCAGCAUGUUGGAUCACUUGAGUACCUUCUACCCUUAGAGUAUGUCAACACCAUGAAAGUCCUGCACAAUCAAGCACCUCAGUCAGACCUUCAGGAACUAAAAGCUGUCAUCCAUCAGGAUUUGGGAAAGAAGGUUAGAUUCAUUUCAAAAUGAAAAUGAAAUCAAUGUUAUUUAAUGCUAACGUCACCCAGUGACUUUCCCUUCAGGGCCAAAGGAGUUAUGAAAUGUUACAUACAGAGUAGGGGAAAACCUGAAAGACAACAAAAUUAAAUAUGAAAUGUUUCUGCUAAAAAGCCUUCAACAGCAGACAAAAAAUUUAAAAUUUACUUUUUAAAAUUUUGUAUGUGGUUCAUAUGGGCAUUGAAAUUAUAUUUAUUACUGGAGCCAUAGGUGUUCUAAGCGUUAAAAGGAAAGUUAAUUAAUCUUAAAGUACAGGCACUUAUUUGUUUUAUUUCAAUAUAAUAUACAGUGAUUAAAAAAUGUAAUUUCAUUUAAAUUUGACCCUCUAUUAGCAAAAGCUAACAUUGUUAGAACCGUAACCAAAACUUGCUACAAAGAUAUCCUAAAAUAUUUUAGUUUUAUCCACACCAUCAAAGGUUGAGGAAAUGUUUGUAGAGUUUGAUCCUGAACCGUUGGGGGCUGCAUCUUUAGCUCAGGUCCACAAAGCCAAGCUGUCUGACGGCAGAGUUGUUGCUGUCAAAAUUCAACACCCAAAAGUGAAGGCCCAUUCCAACGUAGACAUUAAAACAAUGGAGGUAAAUUCAGGAUUUUUUGAUUUAGCAUGGAGAAAAGAAGUCUUAAAAUUAUAUGUUUUUACUGCACACAAUUUACUUCAGUGGUUAAAAAAAAUUUCUGUGUUUGCUUACCGGGUAGCAACAAUGGAAAGGAAAAUAGAAAUAUUUUCAUAAACAUCAAUUAUCAAUAUCCUUUCUUCUAUUUUAUUAUUAAACAUUUUAACUUUUUUUUACUUAUUAUAAAAUCUGUGAAUUUAUUAUGUUAAAAUUGAUAAAAAUAAUUUUUUCCAGCUUUCCCAUAUUGUCUUGAAAUAUAUCAAACAUCUCUCUUCACUCAGCUUGAACACAGUCUCCCAGGAUAUUCUCCUUUAAAGAAUUAUUUUUCUCCUUCUACAGUUUCUUGUUCAUGCCUUAGGCUGGUUUUUCCCAGAAUUUCAGUAUCAAUGGCUGGCUGAGGAAACAAGGAAAAACCUGCCCAUUGAACUAGAUUUUUUGAAUGAGGGACAGAACUGUGAAAGGGUUGAAAAAAUCCUGAGAAAAUUCAAGUUUUUAAAGGUAUUGAAAUACCCAGUAACUAAUAUGGAUAAACUUAAUUGUUUCAGUUAAGUUCUUUUAAAAAAAUGUUAGUUAUUUGUUCACAGCAAUCUCGGCAAUAGUAUCUAUACACCACUAGCACUCAAGUUAUUUUCUUUUUCUUUGCAAGGUACCAAAAAUAUACUGGGAGCUUUCAUCUGAUAGAGUGCUUACCAUGGAGUUUUGUGAAGGUGGCAAAGUGGAUGAUGUAGAAUAUAUGAAAAGACAUAACAUUUCAGUUAAUCAGGUACGGUUAUCAUAAGCUCACUUACAAAUUUAGCUACAUUACAUUUUCUUGUAUUCCUGCUCAACAAAAAAAAAAGACGAAUGUGAAGUUAAAAUUUAGUUACCCGGUUAAAGAAAGAAUUGCAGUUUAUUUACCCGUACCUUUCCUUAAGUGAAUUGUCAAAGAAAGAAUGCAAAUGUGUUGAUCAAAUCCAGAUUGUGCUCAAUGAAGUGACAAAUAUAUAAUAAAUAAAUAUAUAGAAUGAUCUGUUAACAAUUUAAUAUGUUUAAAUUUUUUCCAGAUAACAGAACGUCUUGGUCAGCUGUACAGUGAGAUGAUAUUUGUCCAAGGCUAUGUCCACUGUGAUCCACACCCGGGCAAUGUGCUGGUCAAUAAAACUAAGGAUGGCCCACAAAUUGUUUUACUGGACCACGGCCUUUACCAGGUCAGUGUAUUAACAUAACUUUUAGAUUGGAACUGAUUGUCAGUAUAUCAACAUUAUUUGUAGAUCAGAACUGAAUGUCAGGUAAGUAUAUCAACAUUAUUUAUUUGUUCAGAACUGAUUGUGUCACAAAGUUUUAUUCUCAAUCUAUGCCUGUCAGACCUUUAUGAAACUUCCGUGAUAUCAUUUGUGCCCUUUCCUAGACCCUGACAGAUGAAUUCAGAAUGCACUACAGUAAAAUGUGGAUGGCAAUGAUCAAUGCAGACGUAGAAGGUAUGAAGACGUACGCUGCCGCUCUUAAUGUCGGGGAUCUGUACGGUCUGUUUGCAUGUAUGUUGACCGCUCGCUCAUGGGAGGCUCUGGAGGCAGGGAUAGACAGGAAGGAAUUUACCCACGAAGAGGUGAGUGACAUCAUUUAGGUGAUCAUCCUUAUUGUAGUAAUGAGAUGUUUCUUGUCAUCAGUGGUGAGAUGUUUCUUGUCAUCAGUGGUGAGAUGUUUCUUGUCAUCAGUGGUGAGAUGUUUCUUGUCAUCAGGGGUGAGAUUUUUUUGUCAUAAGUGGUGAGAUGUUUUUUGUCGUGAGUGGUGAGUUGUCUGCAAAUUGAAGGAUGUUGUGAAAUGUCUUUUUUGAUAAAUGUCUUUUUUGAUAGUUGUAUUCCUGAAAUUGUGUAGAGUGGAAGAAACAUAUUUUGGGCCAUGGGGGGAGGGUUCCGUGGAAGGUGUUUGGGAUGUGAAAUAGUUUAAUGGGAUGGUACAUGUUGUGUUCUGUUCUGAAUUCACUGAGACAUAACUUACACAUCAUUAGUUAGAUGAUGGAUGCAGCACGGUGCAAUCCAGCACUGGGCUGUAUGGUACUGCUACUGAAUCCCUAUUUGGACAUGUGCAUUUUCUUAUAAAAGGCAUAUGGCCCUGGAUGUAGAUUUUCCCAGACUUCUCUCAAAGAUUCUUAUGUUAUUAAUUUGAUGCCCCAUAAGGGUAAAUACUGCCAAAGGCUGUACCUCUGCUACUUCAUAUUUAUUAUUGACAAUGUGAAAAUUUUAAAAAAAAUGUUUUACAAUAUCCCAUGCUAAGGCUGAUGCAUAUAAACAUGAUAAAUAUUAAUCUUUCGUCUUACUUUUUAUUUAAAAAAUUUUUUUUUUUUAAAACUGAAUAUUAAUCAGCAAUUAAUUUCAAAUCUUAUUUUAAAUAGUGUUUAAAAUUAAUAAGAGUGUGAGUAUUCACAACUGAAAGGGUAACACGCAUUCUUUAAAAAAAAAUAAUUAUAAAAAUUAGGUAGAUCUGACUAAUUAUAUUUCUGUAAAUCAUAUUUUUUUUUUUUUUGAAAACCUCUUAAGUAGGAAAGACCACCUUACAGUUUAAUAAAUCAUAAAUUACAUAGGACAACAAUUUACCAGGCCUUAUAAUAGAAAAACAAUUUUAUGGAGUCUUUGCUCUAACAUUAAAAUUUGUCUGCAGCAUUUAGAAAUCAAAGAGAGUGUUGGUGAGUAUUUGAUGGACAUUUCUUGCAUACUGGGAAGAGUACCUCGCCAGAUGCUCUUGUUGUUGAAAACCAACGAUGUGCUCCGAGGCAUCGAAUCGUCCCUCAAAACACGCCCCAGUUCAGCAUCCUUUAUCAACAUGUCUCGUUGCUGUGUUGAGGUUUGUUUUGAAAUUUUAAAAUAUUUUUAUCGAGGGGGGGGGAGAAAAAUGCAGAAAGUGUAGAGUUUCUUUAAUAACUGAUCUUGAAACUCCACCUUCACUUCUUAACAGGCAGUGACAAACUGGGAACUAGAUCAGUGCCAGGACUGGAGAUGUUACAUCAGGACCAAACUACGCCAGAGGAUUCAACUUGCUCGUAUUUCUUUGUACUCCCUCUACCUCUGGUUUUUCAACUCUCCUCUCGGCACAUAUCUGAGGACUGCCCAAUCACAUGCGGCACUGAGAUGAUAUUGACUCUAUUUGUUUGGCAGCACUGAGAGCGUUACCGAGACGUGUCACCUUGUUAUUGGCACUCAAUUCAAGUCUGUGUCAAAGCACGGCAUCAAAUGUCCAGCUGUGUUGUUUCUCUUGUACAGUAAUAAGAUGGCUCACUGUUUAAAUGAUGUAAAGGCAAAAGUUUGUCUGCAUCUUGACAGGAGCAAGAGAUUUUCUAUUUAUAGAUUAGGGUUACCAAAAGAUAAUUAAAAGCUAUGUAUCCAUGUAGCCUCAUUUAAUGGUGCGCCUUGACUUGUGCAAAUAUGGAUGAAUGUAGAGGGUUUUUUUUAAAAGAAAAGUGAGUCCUGAGUGUUGCUGAAGCCAACAACUGUGUCUAAGUCUAAUUAUUGUUUUAUUUGUGCUAUACACUGAGAGCUGACAGGCAAGAUCACAAAAUAGAAAGACCUAGAAACUAUAGUAACAUCACAAUGUUCAAAUGAGUUUUCAUUUUCUUAGAAACACCUGUUACAGUCCAAUGAACACUCAUGUUGUUUAUAGGACAUUUGAGUCAUUUGUGGUCAACAGCAGAAUUUUUUUGGCAUCUGUUUCAAUCCACAUGUGGACAACUGUGGACCAGGGUGCCCCCUCCCCCCAGGGGUUAAAGAUAUACAUUUUUUUGCGGGCGUCC